AGUGUUAAAAUACAACAGAUCCUUCUCUGAUCCGAUAUUUCUUUCCAGUAUUUCUUCACAUUGAGAGUGUUCGAGUUGUAAUCUUUCAGUAUGCCUGGCACGUGGAAACUGAAAAGGAAGAAGGAAGAGGAAACCCCAAAAGCAAAACACAAAGAAAUGCAUAGAACCAAAAGUACCAAAGGAUCCAAAGAUGGACAUCAUCAAGUUACUUGUCCAAGGAGAACAGCUACAAUAUCAGGAGGAGCUCCAGCCCGAGUCAACUCAACUGAAAGCAAUGAUUCAACCACGAGUCCUGAUCACUUCUACAGUGAGGGGAGACAGGCAAAGAAAAGACCAACCCUUUCCUGUGUCUUUGAUAAUAGCAAUGAUGACUCCGAUACAUCAAACGCUUCUCCUUUUUCUUCAAAUGCCUUUAAGAUUUAUUUCGAAGACGACACGACUUCUUUCGAAACUGUAGGAGUAGCUCAAGAAGGCGUCCCACUUAUUAAUGUCCUUGAGGCUGCUUUCUAUGAGCAGAAGAAAGAUUGUACACGAAUUUCUGAUUACAUGAUCAUAUCUCAGGAUGAUGCUACUGGUGAUAGCUGUGUCGCUGAUGUCCAUUCUCCUUCGACUGAUUAUUUAGGAACCACAAUUCAAAUUGUAUUAUCACAAAAUAAUUUUGUAGAAAAUGAAAUUGAAUCUCCUCUGAGUGAGGUAGUCACAAUGACUGUACAGACAUGCUUGGAUUAUUUUGAUACACAUGGAAUCAUCAAACUUCCAUCCAAUAAAUGCUACGAUGACAUCUAUAGACCACCAAUAGUUGAUGAACCUAUUGAUCCAAUUGAAAGCUCGUGGGAUGAACUGCCAAUUGAAGAAGACAUCAAAAAUAGUCUCAAUUCCACACAAAUGUCAUGCCAACAGGCAAUAUGGGAGCUUAUUGUCACCGAACACUCUUUCCUUAAGCAGCUUGAAAUCAUCAUUAAUAUUUAUAUGAGGUCGUUGGAGUUUAUCAGAAGGCAAGGUCUACUAACUGAUGUUAAUUAUCAUAAUAUAUUUGGGUACAUGGAAGAUAUUUACAAAGUCCAUGAGCAGUUUUGGUCAUGUACACUCUACCCAUGCCUUGAAAAGGUUCGUAUGGAGCACUGUCCUAUAGAUGUUAAUGAUAUUAUCCUCAGGUUUCCAUCUCAGUUUUCUGAUGAUUUUGAUAUCUAUGAGCAGCACUGUGCCUUUGAGACGACUAACCUCAACUCACUAGAUGAAGCUAUGAAUGAUGCCGACUUCAGAGCAUAUGUUAAGUGGUGUGAGUCACAGCCUGAGUGCAAUAGGCUGAGGUUGAAGGACUUCCUGGCAAUCCCAAGACAAAGAUUAAUGAAGUACCAGCUCUUGUUUCAAGCUAUUCUCAAGAAGACACCUCAACAUGCCAACACUGAGGAACUAAAGCAUAUAAUUGAGGAUGUCUCAUUGUUUGUUGAUACUGUCAAUGGUGCUUUGAAGACUCAAGACGAGACGACAAGAGUACAAGAAGUGAUGAAGAAAAUUGUUGGAUAUGCUCCAGUAGAGAUACCAGGAGACUUCAAAGAAUUUGUUCAGCCACACACUCACUUGGAUCUGAUGGCUCCAAUGCCUGACGUUGAUGUUACUAAGAUCCGCCUGCUGGUACUUGAAGGUAAACUACGCUUCAGAGACCAAAAAGACAAAAUGGUCGCUCACGUGUUCUUGUUCUCUGACAUGUUAUUGAUUACUAAACCUAAUAAAGGGAAAGUGGAGAAUUACACCAUCAUCAGACCACCUUACAAAAUAUCAAACAUUCAAGUCGAAUUAAAAGGAGAUGCUGUUUGCUGCAUUGUAUUGAAUGAGUUUAAAGUAUUGUCAGCUUUGUUCACACUCAAAGCUAAUUCUGCUCAUAUCGCUAAAGGAUGGAGAGACCAAAUAAUAUCAACACAAGAUUUCUAUGAUUCAGCUCUAACCCGAACGAUACCCACAAUCCACAUACUCCAGUCGCUCCGUCAAGAGCGUACACUCCAUGGCGUAUCACAAGACUUCUCCCUCGAUCCACCUGAUUCGAGAUUAGGAGCCUCACCUCUUCUUUCUGCUGGAACCGGGUUCCACCGAGUCAACUCAAACGAUUCGACUUUGAGCAGUAACUCUUCCAAUGCCUUCCCGUUUGAUGGUCAGAUACUAUCCCCUAGACCGGGCAGACGUGAUACCGUACCUUGUCACGGGUUUACUGAAUCAAAAAGAAGCUUUAGGAGGAACUCCGCCAAUCCUUGUCCCUCCCCUCACUCCCUCAGUACGAGUUUAUCAUUUGGCAUUGCUCCCCCAAUGUGGCAGAGGACGUCUAGUCUCAAUGCUCUACCAGAGAGGAAAAUGAGCGAUUUUGGUCACAAAGCCUCUCGGUCCCACUUGAAGCUAAGACAGAGCAACUCCGUAAGCGACUAUAAUGACGUACAACGUUCAAACUCAGACCCACAGAGGGCAGACAGUUUUGGGGAGCUCACUCAAUCAAAGGCCAGCAAACAGAAUGAUUUUGCAGAUGAUUGCCCUAUGCUAGUAGAGAAAGCAGCCCCCUUACAGGAGAGCGACAGUAAUACUGACGACGAGGAGUAUUCCUCUUCUACAUCACCAAUCAACCCACCAGCCUGGAGCACUAAUCUUGAUACUACUGGAAUAACUACUAGACGCCAUCGUAGGAACAAGUCCCAGCCUAACAGCAUGUACGUGAUUGAUACCAGCACUCCCGAUCUAUCCAGACACGAUGAGAGAGACGAGUCAAUGUACACUGUACCAGUCAAUGGGGCAACUGGAACUGAAGGAAAGCAACCAACUGAUGAUUCUUUAAUGGGUGAGAUCAUCAAAGAGCUCUCGAAAACAGACAGCGGAAAUUCAAAGAAGCUCCAGCACGACUUUGAGGAGACCUACGACUCUUUUGAUGCUGACGUAAAGGCACAGAGAAAGAGAAGCAUGAGCCUUCAUUCUAGUAUUGGGAGACUAGAGAGACGGUUCAACAACAGAAGAAGAGCAAUCUACCAACUUGAUAAUAUUUUUGAGACUACCGAUGAAACAGAGAGCGAUAGCAAGCUCCAGGAAAUGUCAACGGACUCUACAUAUUUUGCCCGUAACACUAAACUACGACGCAGCAAGAGCUCGUUUGAGCUUUCGUUCCAUCGUCGUCUCAAACCACCGAGCCCACUCAUCACUCACAUGCAGAGGAGCUUUGAGAAAGAAAGCAGCGAUGAUUACAGUCACAGUCACACUAAGCUAAGCACUCACAUAUCCACUCCGAUACUACCAUCGCAUCAAUUGAGGAAAGAGCCUAAACCAGUACCAGAGCAGGCCAAAGCAAUGAAAGGUGCUAAGCAAAAGAAAGAAAAGAAAAGUCCGGAAAAGCGAAGGUACGGGCUGUCAUUUUUCAAAAGAGACAGAAGCUCCUCGCCUACAGAGAACAAAUGGGGACUAAAGGGGCUUAGAAGAGCCAUGACAAUGUCAGUUGAUACUGGGCUGAAUCGAACUGGGAUUAGCCCUACUGAUGAACCCACCUCACCAGCAACAACAACUUCAACCAGUAGCAGCAGCAGUGGGAAAAAAGGAACACGUAGAGGUAGUUCAAAAAUAAUGAUAGUUGUACGCUCUGACAAUAAAAAAUAAUGUUUAAACAAUAGUACAAUCAUAUUUUUAUUUCAUAUUUUGUAUGUUUGUCUGUUCACCAUUGUUAUUGGAAUGUCUUUUAUUAUUUGUGAACUUGUUUCCCCAUUUUUAUACAAUGCAUAAUUAUCUAAAAAAAA